UGGAGGCAAUGUAACAAUAAAAAACCAGCAACCUGGAGCCUACAGGCAAUCUUCACGUACUGGCGAGUCUUGGAGAGCCAACACUGAUCCUGUGGGCAUAGGGUAGCUUGUCUCAUCUCCAUGAAACAAUGAUAAACAGACUCAAUUCCUAGGAACCAUGCAAGCUCCAGGGCUGGCUCAUUCCCACACCACAGCAGGAGGGCUGCAAGAGCCGGAGGGGUGCACAGGGUUCUGCUCACAGGCCAGCCAAGCAGCACAGCUGACGGGCUGCCAGCAUGGUUUGUUUGCAUGGCAUACGUGUGGUGUCUUCUCAUGAAAAGCAAAGCCAGGUUUGCGAGGAGAGGAGGAGAAAGCCAACAGGAAUAACUGAUUGUGUCAAUUUACUUCUAGACUUUUAUGGAGUCUCUUGGGGUGCUGACCUUUACAUGGAAAUAACAGAGAAUUCCAAGAAAUGGAAGCUGCUGCUAGUAAAAGAAGAAAAGCUGAGUAUCAUCAGGGUUAAUAACUCCUACUUGAGAUCCAUGAAUGAUUACAGAGUUACUCUUCUAUAUCGAACUUUCCAGUGCCAUUAAUAAUAUGCUGCCUCUCUGGGACAUCGGUACCCUCAUGGUGAGAAGACUAUUUCUUCUUCACACCAAAUAGAAGAGCUACAGAAACAAUGGCUUCUAAGGUCUCAUGCUUGUAUGUUUUGACAGUAGUUUGCUGGGCAAGCGCUCUCUGGUACUUAAGUAUAACUCGUCCUACUUCUUCCUACACUGGCCACAGACAGGUCAAUAGCAUACCAAUAGCCAGAAAAAAUGUCUCCUUUGGCAACAUAAGAACUCGACCUAUAAAUCCACAUUCCUUUGACUUCCUCAUCAAUGAACCCAAUAAAUGUGAGAAGAGUGUCCCUUUCUUGGUCAUUCUUAUCAGCACAACUCACAAAGAGUUUGAUGCAAGGCAAGCAAUUCGGGAAACAUGGGGAGAUGAAAACAAUUUUAAAGGAAUUAAGAUUGCCACGCUAUUUCUUCUUGGGAAAAAUGCAGAUCCUGUGUUAAAUCAGAUGGUAGAACAAGAAAGCCAAAUUUUUCAUGACAUUAUUGUAGAGGAUUUUAUUGACUCCUAUCAUAACCUCACUCUGAAAACAUUAAUGGGGAUGAGGUGGGUAGCAACGUAUUGUUCAAAAGCAAAGUACGUUAUGAAGACAGACAGUGAUAUUUUUGUAAAUAUGGAUAAUCUUAUUUAUAAGCUGCUCAAACCUAACACCAAGCCAAGGAGAAGGUACUUCACUGGUUAUGUUAUCAACGGAGGGCCAAUACGAGACGUCCGCAGCAAGUGGUACAUGCCCAGAGAUUUGUAUCCGGACAGUAAUUACCCACCCUUCUGUUCUGGCACUGGCUACAUUUUUUCAGCUGAUGUAGCAGAACUGAUUUACAAAACCUCCCUUCACACCAGACUCCUCCAUCUUGAAGACGUGUAUGUUGGACUCUGCCUUCGGAAGCUGGGCAUCCACCCCUUCCAGAACAGUGGCUUCAACCACUGGAAAAUGGCCUACAGCUUGUGCAGGUACCGCAGGGUGAUCACGGUGCACCAGAUAACACCUGAAGAAAUGCACAGAAUUUGGAAUGACAUGUCAAGCAAGAAGCAUCUUAGAUGCUAA